UCCUCACAAACUCAUCUAACAGUAUAAAAAAUCAGCUGCACUCUGAGCUCUUCACUUUCUUCUCUCCAGCUAAAGCAGAAAGACAGACUCCUUUACCUUCAUCGCCACUCAAAAUGCUAGCCAGAAGCUCCAGGUCGUCAGGUGGUGGAGCCUACAGGGGCAGCAGUAUCUCCAUGUAUGGUGGAGCUGGAGGCUCUCAGGUCAAAAUCUCCUCCGGUGGCUCCACCAUGUCCAUGUUUGGCAGUGGAGGUGGCGGAGGUGGCGGAGGUGGCUAUGGCUUCUACGGUGGCGGAGCAGGUGGUGGAGGUGGCGGAGGUGGAGGUGGCUUUGGCGGUGGCUUUGGCAGUGGCGGUGGCGGUGACAGCAUGGACAUCUCUGCCAACGAAAAGGCCACCAUGCAGAACCUGAACGACCGCCUGGCCACCUACCUGGAGAAGGUCCGCAAGCUGGAGACGGCCAACGGGGAGCUGGAGCUGAAGAUCAGGCAGUUCCUGGAGAGCAAGACCUCCCCCUCCUCCAGAGACUACAGCCACUACUACGCCACCAUCGCAGAGCUGCAGGGCAAGAUCCUGGAUGCUACCAGAAUCAAUGGUAGCAUCUACCUCAGCAUUGACAACGCCAAGCUGGCUGCCGACGACUUCAGGAUCAAGUUCGAGAACGAGCUGGCCAUGCGUCAGUCGGUGGAGGCCGACAUCGCCGGGCUGAAGAGGGUCCUGGACGAGCUGACUCUGGGAAGAUCUGACCUGGAGAUGCAGAUCGAAGGGCUGAAGGAGGAGCUGAUCUUCCUCAAGAAGAACCACGAGGAGGAGCUGCUGGCGAUGCGAGCGCAGAUGAGCGGUCAGGUGAACGUGGAGGUGGACGCCGCUCCAGCAGAGGACCUCAAUAAGAUCAUAGAGGAGAUGAGGGAACAAUACGAAGCCACUGUUGCCAAAAGCCGCAAAGAACUGGAGGGCUGGUUCCAGUCGAAGACAGAAGAACUGCACAAAGAAGUCGCUGUCAGCACAGAAACCAUCCAGACGUCCAAAUCUGAGAUCUCAGAGCUCCGACGAGUGCUGCAGGGCCUGGAGAUCGAGCUGCAGUCACAGCUCAGCAUGAAAGCGUCGCUGGAGUCCACCCUGAAUGAAACUCAGAACCGGUACUCCAUGCAGCUGGCGGGCUACCAGAACCAGGUGACCGUGCUGGAGGAGCAGCUGACGCACCUGAAGGCCGACCUGGAGAGGCAGUCCCAGGAGUACCAGAUGCUGCUGGACAUCAAGACCAGACUGGAGAUGGAGAUCGCCGAGUACAGGAGGCUGCUGGACGGAGAGGCCGGCAGCUGCGUGUCCCUCUCCUCCUCAUCCUCCACCUCGGCCUCCUCCAAAGUGGACACCUCCGCCGCCACCACCACCUCCACCACCACCACCAAACAGAAAAUAAUCACCAUCGUGGAGGAGGUGGUGGAUGGGAAGGUGGUGAGCUCCUCCACAGAGACCAUCAGUCAGACCAUCUGAGCGCUCACAGCUCUCACAGAAAUAAACACGCAAAUAAAAGUCUGCCGAGGUGCUUCGAAAUAAAA